UGUUGUGCAAGGUCUGCAAGUAAUGAUCUCUCGUUGUGUAUUUCGAGACGUGGUGGUUUGAUCUUUUUCAUAUGCUUCUUCAAGGAAGCUCGUAAGGCGAAGGCCAGUGGUCUUCCGCCUCCAGAAGCGUCUGCACCAACCCAAGCUUCAUCGAGCCCUGCUCCAAAAACGGAAUAUAAAGAGGCAAUGAUUCAGGUUCGUCUCCCCUCCGGUCAAGCAGUUCGACAAAGUUUCGGAGCCUCUGAACCGCUGUCUGCCGUCAGACUAUGGUUGGAGAUAAAUCAUUCGGAUGGAACGCCUUUCAGCCUUUUGAUGCCGUUUCCUCGUAAAUUAAUGACUGACGAAGAUUAUGACAAACCAUUGAAGGAACUCGGACUCGUGCCUUCUGCUAACUUUGUGAUGACUCGUUAA